UCCAUUGUGACCUCUCCGAGCUGGUUCUAUGGUGACAGACGGAGCAGUUUGGUUUAAACGUUCAUUAAUCAUGUAUUGUUCUUCCUGCUAAUGUGAACGCAGCCUCAAAUUAUUUAGAGAGACGCGUUGGUGAAAUCUCCGUCAAUAUUAAGACCAACUGUUAUGUGCAGUUGUUAACAUGCAAGAAAUGCUGGGAGCACAAUAUGGCAAAUGCUAGUCCAAGUCAAGACCUGGCAGAAGGGGCAGGAGAUUUGCACUAGAAAAUAGAAACGGUGGGGGCACGAUGGGCCGAACGACCUCUUCGCUGUAAUAAAUCUGUGAUUCCGAUAACGAUUGAGAUUCUGGUAGGCUUCGACCACUUGCUGAGGAGGAGCUGCAGUUUCAGAGACACUCGCUUUUUACCAGAAAGACUUGACCAACCUGUUGCGCAUUUAAAACGUACCUUUAUUUUAAAUGUUGAAGUUUCUCUUUGAACUGUAACCAACUUCAUCGUGAGAUCUAAGUAAUACUGUUCCUCCAAGGGAUGUUGCAAAAAAAGAAUCAUGGCAGUUGUUGACCGUUUUCCCCUGCGUUUACCAGAAUGGAAUGUGGGUCUCAGGAAAUUCAGAUAUGUAUUCUUGAGUCCUCCCAAUUCAAUUAAUGUAUGUCAAGAUUUUCAGGCGGAGGAGAACUUGACACCUCUUUUUCUUGGUGCUGAUGUUGUUGCAAAAACUGGCAUCCGCACUGAAAAUCAUCCAAGAAUCCAUGCAAGAUUUGCAAAGAAAGGAUUGGCAACCAAGCUCAGUUUUGGUUCAGAAUUUCGAUUUAAAGGAUUGAAGAUACCAUCUGUGGUGAACAAUUUGUGGUUUUACAGCAUUCAGGGACUGUUUCAAGUUGCUUUUGAAAUGUACACUAAAGAGCAACAGUUAGAAGUCCUUGUUGCACUUCAGGAUUUGUGGAAAGCCAGAAUAAAUGACCCUAAUCUGAAUGACAAGUAUGAUAUCAAGAUUUUGCAAAAUUUCCCUAAAGAGGGAUUGCUUGAAAAACAUACUCUUGAAAUAAGGGACAACAAAAGUUUCAAUGCAUUGCAUUCAAGCAUUCAAGGUGCUAGUCCUGAACCUGAUAUUAAUAUAUAUAGGACAGCUGCUUCACCUUUGGAUUGCACCCACAACAACAGCAUUGUUAAUCAGGAUGACCAUAACUAUUGUAUACAAGAAGGACGAAUUCUACUGCAAACUGAAGAAUUUUGUGCAGAUAACCAACUAAAUGUGGAGGCUUUGGAUUAUGAUUCUUUGUUUAUCAGAUUUAGAUCAGUUUAUCAGGCUUUUAAAGUUUUACCAUUACAGAUACAAAAGGAACACGAGAAAACAAUUACACUGUUGCUUGAUUUUGUAGAACUCCUAAUAGGUGAAAAUAUGUGUGCACAGAAGUUGGCUGAUAUGAUGCUGCAACUUCUGACACAUCUUCAAGACUUCAUUGUCAAAAUAGAAACCACUGAAACGGGUGUUAAUUCUAUUUAUUGUAGUCACAUGCUUUAUACUGUAAGUAAUUGGUUGGGACAUCAAUUUUAUUCUGCUAAUGGCUUGAUCAGCAAGCAAGUAGAAGAGUUUAAAACAACUCACAUCGACAGUAUCACAGACUUGCCACCUGCUGAGGAUUUGGUAGAUAAAUUAUUUCCUGAAGCCAUGAAAGUUUUGCUGUUGAGCUGGAUGGGGCUUGAUGAUAAUUCUGCAUUAUGGAAACGACAAAGUGAAUAUCCAAUAGUGCUGCUUAUAUUAGAGUUUGCUAAUCAUAAUCUAAUCACUGGUGUUGCUCAUGUACUGUAUUCCAGUUUGAUCUGUAAGUAGGAGGUUGAACAGUAUUUAAACUAGAUAUCAAUGCUUAAAUUUAG